AUGAUGCAAAAGGAUAGUGUUAGAGAAAAGCUACUAACCAUUAUGGUUAGUAAAUCAUACACACAGUUACCACCAAAGGAAUUGAUUGAAUUGUAUUCUGAAAUGAAAAAUUAUUUAGCAAUUGGGGACUCUCAUUUAUCCGAAUCUAAUGGAUUAUCAUUGACGGAGAUGUUAUUUUACGUUUGUGUAUAUUUAAGCAAAGAUGUGGAGGCUCAAAUACAUUUUAAUGCAUUAAGGGAUCGAUUUGGAGAAUCAUCUCCUAAAUUACAAAUCAUGAAGGCGACCUUGUUACAAAUUAAUCAGAAUGAUGAUGUGGCCAUUCAAUAUUUGGAAAGUUUGAUUAAUCGACAAUUAGAAUUUGAGUCAGAUACAACUAGUUAUACUAUGGUUAUGAAGAAAUUAAUAUCAAUAAAAAUUCAACCAUUUAUGGUUAGUAGUUCCAGUAAGAAAGGCAAAGAUGAAGAGAAGGACAAAGGUAAAGUGAUAAAUGAACUAUUAAAAUUGGUGGAUAAAUUCCCAUUAGAUCCAGAAACUUGGUGGUUUAUGGGAGAGGUUUAUUUCCAAUUAAAGGAUUAUCAUAAGGCUAAAUAUUGCUUUGAAGAAAUAUUAAUAAUAAUGCCAUUUAACUACGAAGCUUUUGCUAGAUUAUCUGAGGUAUUAUAUUAUCAAGCUUUAACCAUAACCAAUAUGAAUUCCAGUUCUAGGAAGUUAUCAGAAUAUAAUGACCUUUUGGAAAAAUCAUUGCAAAAUGCAUUAAGAAGUGUAGAGAUUAGUGAAUAUUAUAUCAAGGGCUGGAUAAUGGCUUAUAAGACCACUCAGCUAAUCGUUAAUGGAAACAACCAGCAGCAGCAACACCAGCAACAAAAUAAAACGAAUAAUGAUAAAUUGGAAAAUAGAAAGAAAAAAUUAGAGGUACUUAAUUUAUCUAAGGCCAAACUACAAGAAAUCUCUUCCAAGACAUCAGUUGAACAAGAUAAAAUAACAAUCGAAUAUGUACUACGUUCGUGA